UACCAAAGUAGGCAACAAAAUCAACUCAGAUAGAGGGUCUGGAAAGACUCAUUUCACAGGAUCCCUCCUCCAUCUUGACAUCACGUCACUUCAGCCAGUCAAGCUCAAGUAAAGUUUAAAAAGGGAUGCCCAAAAUCAAAGCUGUUUGGUGAUUGGGGCUAUUUUCUCUACGUUGGAUGCUCAAACAUGUCUCAUAUAACCCCAGAAACCACACCCAUGAGGAAUAAAAGGGCAUAGGAUGCCACUCCCAUCAGCCACUACAGCCAGAUAUUUUCCAGCAACACAUAACUCCCAGACAGAGAGCCACUAUGGAAUCAGGCCAGGUCCGUUCUGCUGCUCCAUCCUACCUAGUAUGGUCAAUCAUCAAUACUUUAUGCUGCUGUCUGCCUCUUGGGAUUGCAGCUAUUGUCUGCUCUUGCAAGGCACAAAAUGCUAAUGCUCUCGGGGACUCAACCAGAGCUGCUGAUGCAUCGAGGACAGCCAAGGUCCUAAACAUCAUCGGACUUGUCUGUGGAAUAAUUUUGUUCAUCAUUAUUGUUGCAGUCAAAGUUUCUGGAAAAAACUGAAUUAACAUCUUCAAAAGAGCCUGCUUUUGCUGGCAGAGCUGUUGGAAUCUGAACGCAGCCUUUGUUAUGGACUUCCCCUCCUCCACACGCAAGGUCACCAAAUAGAAACAGAUGUCUAAAUGUGUAUGUUCACGUUCAUGUGUUGGUCUAUAUACUGGAUCAGGCUCCCAUAAACAGACCAAAGGAAUGCCGUUAUAAAGCACUACUUGUGGUGGUAAAAACUAAAAGCAUCUCUGUUUUUUUAAGGACACUUUAACAUAAAUGUUUUUGAGAUCAGUGAUUAUGAUAAUAUAAGCAUGUUCAGUUUUCAUUUUAUUUUGAUUUGGUGAGUUUAUGAUAAAAGUAACAAUCGAGAUUAGAAACUGGCCCAAUUUCCCAAAAUGUUAUGGAGUUGGAACUAAUUGGGUUGAUGGAAAUUCUUCAUGUUGUGCAAUAAGUUUCCUGAAGGGUCCAUGAUUGUAAGGAUGUAGUUUAGCUUUCUGAUUUGUUCUGUCAGUAUUUCCUGUAAUAAUUAGAUGGGUGUUUUGUCUCGCUAGCUUUGCAUUUUUCUUUAACAGUUCUGUAUUUGCAUGACUUAUCUGAAUGUAGACUAUACAAAAUUAUAUAGAACAUAACUUGCUUACUUGGUAAACAUCAAUACUUCUGCCUAUAUUGUUUUGUUGUAAUUGUGUCAAACUGUUUUGGAUUUUAAAACUGCAUUUUUGUAUUGUACACAAAUACUGAAGCAUAAAACAGUCUCUGUUUACCAAA